GCCUGGAGCAUGAAGCGGGGGCGCCGGGCUUGCCUGCCUUCCAGCUGCCGCGCGCCUCGGGGAGCGUCACUGACUGCCGGCCGGCGUGCAGCCCUAGGACCCUGGCAUCCCUCUGCCACCGGGAACCGUCCCCUUGGGUCGUUGCCCGGGUCAUCCGCUGUGCCACGGCCCUGAGGGGAGGCGGCGGGGGGUAGAGGUCAACAUGAACUGGGGGUCCCGCUGGGCCGGCGCCAGGCAGGGGGCGGCGGCCGGAGUGCAGCUGCUGGUCACCCUGAGCUUCCUCCUGAGGGUCGUCGAGGCCCAGGUCACUGGCGUUCUAGGAGAUUGCUUGUGUGAUAUUGACAGCAUUGACAACUUCAACACCUACAAAAUCUUCCCCAAAAUAAAAAAAUUACAGGAGCGAGAUUAUUUCCGUUAUUACAAGGUUAAUUUGAAGCGACCAUGUCCUUUCUGGGCAGAAGAUGGACACUGUUCAAUAAAAGAUUGUCAUGUGGAACCAUGUCCAGAGAGUAAAAUUCCAGUUGGAAUUAAAGCUGGGCACCCAAAUAAGUACUUGAAAGUGGCAAACAGUUCCAAAGAAUUAGAAGAUUGUGAGCAAGCUAACAAACUGGGAGCAGUUAACAGCACCUUAAGUAAUCAAAGCAAAGAAGCUUUCAUUGACUGGGCAAGAUAUGAUGAUUCACAGGAUCAUUUUUGUGAACUUGAUGAUGAGCGAUCUCCAGCUGCUCAGUAUGUAGACCUAUUGCUGAAUCCAGAGCGUUACACCGGCUAUAAAGGGUCCUCUGCAUGGAGAGUGUGGAACAGCAUCUAUGAAGAAAACUGCUUCAAGCCUCGGUCUGUUUAUCGUCCUUUAAACCCUCUGGCACCCAGCCGAGGUGAAGAUAAUGGUGAAUCAUUUUAUACAUGGCUAGAAGGUUUGUGUCUGGAGAAGAGAGUCUUCUAUAAGCUUAUAUCAGGACUUCAUGCUAGUAUUAAUUUACAUCUCUGUGCAAAUUAUCUUUUGGAAGAAACUUGGGGUAAACCUAGUUGGGGGCCAAAUAUUAAAGAAUUCAAACGCCGCUUUGACCCUGUGGAAACCAUGGGAGAAGGUCCACGAAGGCUAAAGAAUCUGUACUUUCUGUACUUGAUUGAGCUUCGGGCUUUGUCAAAGGUAGCCCCGUACUUUGAGCGCUCCAUUGUCGAUCUUUACACUGGAAAUGUGCAAGAAGAUGCUGACACAAAAGCCCUUCUACUGGAUAUUUUUCAAGACACAAAGUCGUUUCCUAUGCAUUUUGAUGAGAAAUCCAUGUUUGCAGGUGACAAAAAGGGAGCAAAAUCACUAAAGGAAGAAUUUCGGUUACACUUUAAGAAUAUCUCUCGUAUUAUGGACUGUGUUGGAUGUGAUAAGUGCAGAUUAUGGGGGAAAUUACAGACUCAGGGUUUAGGAACUGCCCUCAAGAUAUUAUUCUCUGAAAAAGAAAUUCAGAAGCUUCCAGAGAAUAGUCCAUCUAAAGGCUUCCAACUCACUCGACAGGAAAUAGUUGCUCUUUUAAAUGCUUUUGGAAGGCUUUCCACAAGUAUACGAGAGUUACAAAAUUUUAAAGUCUUACUACAACAAAGUAGGUAAUAAAGGCUUUUAUAGGUCUAGUUAAGAGACAUACAGUGACUGUGUGAAGCCUUGUUGUCUUGGACACUCACCAGAAAGACUUCAAGCAUUCUGAACUCUUAAAGGAGAAUUGAAAUGGUCACUUGAAUAUUUAUGAUUCUCAAUAGACUAUUGUCAAUAAGAGAUAUUUAUAAAUGAAGUAUAUACUUUUAAAACAU